UCAUUGUUUAAAUUACAAAUAUCCUAAUAUGUUCAAAAAUAAGAGAUAAAUAAAUUGCAGAAUUUCAGCAAUGAUCUUCUUACAUCCUGGGAACUGACCCAGCAAAUAGUUUGAUGAGCAAUCCAACUGCAGCAGUGGGGUGCCAAGAUCAACUUUUGGAUCAGAUUCUGGUAGUAUAGAUGGUAUGGGCCUCUAAUUGGCUUUGCACGUGUUUUGAAGUCAUUCAAAGCACAUGGAAGAUGUGGUUUUAAAAUCCUCCAUAGCUUUUAAAACGAUGACAUUUUCUAAGCCCAGAAGCUAAAUGACUCUAAAACCAUUUUGUAGUUCUAAAAUGAAAAAUGUAGUUGAAAAAUGAUAGAUUUGAUUUUCUUAAGGAAGACCACUAGAGGUCAUAAGAGAUCUUGGAAAGAAACAGGUGCUUUGUUUUAUACAUCUGAAUAAAAAAUAAAAUCUAGUUGACAUAGCCUGUAAGUUCUCUUACCCCAUGUUGAGACAGUGUUCACGUAAAAGAAUGGUUUAACAAGAACAUACUGCAUUCUUUUUUUUUUUAUCAUUAUCUCUGAACUGGAUUCUCUAUGAAAUUUUCAUUGAUUUCUUAAAAUACACACACACUUGAAAUGUAUUUCUGGAAAUUAAAAUGGCAACAGAAUUACUCUUAUAACAGUACAUUUUUAAGCCUAGGUAAUUAAGUGCAAAUCCUCUCUGGAUAUGUAAAAUGAUGUCAGACAGGAAAGUGGAGGCUGUGCCAAUAUUCAGAAUGUGAAGGUGGCCUGUUGCUGCUGUCCUUACUGUUCUGAAAUGUGAACUUUCCAUCUGUGAAUUUGUAGUGGUUUCUUUGCUGGCAAGAAAGCAGUGUAUACCUCUCUGACUCAAGAGAACCUGGCCUGUGUAUUUUUCCUCUAAGAUGGCAAUUAUGUUGUAGAGCAGUCAGGAUGCUGUGGUGAUGAAGCAAUCUUAGAAUCCAUUUGUCACCAAGAGACCCUGCCAGGCUAUUGGGAAGAGUUCCAUGGUGUCUGCGACAUCAUGAUGCCCUUGUACAUCCUGGAUAACUGACUUAGAUGAAAUGAUGAGUUUGUCCUUCCUUCUCCUAGCCUUACAGGAAGUCAGUGAGAGGCACCAAUCAAAUUAUCUUUAGUAUUGCUGUAUCCUGGAUUUAGAAAACACCCAUUCCCCAAGUGUCCUUAAGAGCCUAUUGAUUUUAGGGUUUGGAUUCAACUCCAUUUUCAUAUGCAUGAUAUUCAGAGUCUCAUGGAUAUUUGGGUGCCUGAGAGAGCAAUAUGCCUUUAUGAGAAGGACCUUCAGUCUCUUCCAAACAAGUUAAAAUAAAAUAUUCUAAAUUUAUUAUUCUAAAAUAUUCUAAAUUGAUUUUUUUUUACAACUGCAUCACUACUCCUUCGAAGCCAUUCUGAAUGGAAGACAGAAGGGAGCAUUGCUUUUUACUCAAAUAAUUGCAUUAUUUUUAUUGUAUUUUAGGCAGUUCUCAUUAUUGGAAUGUUUUGUGGCACUUAAAUGGUGGGUACCUGUAUAGCAUUGUGGUGCCAAAUUCACGGUGAGACCUGAUUCUCCUCGUGUUUGACUCCGACAGGCAGUGCUUAUCGCCUGAAAUCACUCACAUUUACACAUUUUAUUGCAUGAAUGAUUUUCCAUAGCUGGGGUGUUUUGUUUCUGUAGGGCUGGACUUUGUCAUAUGCCAUUUGAGACUUUGAGGCUGAUGUCAUACUUUAUCAUUAGCACUUGGGCUGAUGCAAGAUCAUAAAUUAUCGAUUACCCCAAGGAAUGCAUUUAACAGACCAAGUUCCUUUCUAACCAUUUUGGGCAAGGGCUUAAGGGAGAGACUUCAGAACUCCAAGAUUUGGAUGUUUUCUUCUUAUUUUUCCCAGAAGAUUUAGUAUUGAGGUCUGAUUAGGAUAUAGCUGUGUUAAUGGGCUGUGGAAGGCGCAUGACUAGGUUUAGAGCCCUGAGUCUCUGAACUGAUUUUUAUAUUUGUAGAGUAAUAUGUGUGUGUCCAUCAUAUAAAUAAAAUCCAGUGGUACACUUAAUUUUGGCAUCACAUCAUCCUUAUGAAUAAGAUUUUGAAUUGUUUUCCCAUUAUGCAAAAUAAUUAAGCAUUGAUGCAACCUUUUAAUUUUGGCAGUGUUUGAGAAUAGACUUGGCUAUUCUCUUCCAGAAUCUUAUUUUGCACUAUAUCAUUAAGGACUCUUUUUACAGAGAUAAGCCAUCUCCUGUUAGGAAUAGCUUUUUGGCAGGUUAAGUGAGAAGUGAGUUGUUCCUGGAAGGGAGCAUGGUGUUCUAGGUUUUCCCAGCUGAGUUUCUAGGGCUCAUACAGAGGACAAAUGCCUGCUAAGGGCUGACUGUGAGCAGAGAGCAGGCUCAAGCCUGUCAUUUGUGUCACUGCAUUGCAUCCUUGCAGCUAUCUGUGCCCCCGACCAUUUCAUAGAUGAGACAACUAAGGCUUAGUGUUGAAGUAACUUUUCUGGUUCCUCAAUUGAAAAAGCAAAAGGGCAAGUGGUCAUAAAUACAUGGGCAAGUUGAACUACCAGUAUGGGACUGUGGGUUCAGAAUUUGCAUAUGUAUCCCCUGAAGCUUCAUGAUCAUACCUCCUUGGUGAAAUUAGUGUACAUGGGACCCUCAGCAAGGUCUUGGCCAAGGUAAGGGUCUUGUUCUUGUUGACUGUUGCUGCUAUACUAUAUACCACAGGACUGCUACAGAGCAGUCUAGAAAGCACAUUCCCUGGUUGGGAAGGUGCCACGCCUUGGCCAUAAGAAAUUAACACCAGAACCAGACAAUGUAUAUCCAGUGAUGAUCCCAGCAUUGGGUUCUUGGGAUGGGAGCAUAGGAAGAAUAGUCACUGGAGGGAGGUAUGGAGUUGAGCCUUGAAGAGUGCUGGAAUUUGGGGCAGUCAAGGGAGUCAGAGCACUGAAAUAGAGGCAAGAAAAAGGGAAGGUGGUAAGGUCCCCUUCUGGGGACAAUAAGUAGGUCAUGUCAUUGUUGGCCAUAAGGGUGGGAAGAUGGAGGCAAAGGACUUUGUGCCCCUCUCAGAAACAGUGGGGAGCUUGCAAAUAUUUCUAAGUAAGAAGGUGAGGUGAAGAAAGCAGAGUUUUAAGAUUAGCAAUAGAGGAUGGAAUGCCACUGUUCAUACCUGCCAGUAGGAAGCUAGCACAGUGACUCAGCCUUCUGUAAUAAGAGACUUUCUUGCCCCACCCACUGACUGUGAAGGUUCUGUAUUUGUUCUUAUUGGUUGUUUCUAUCCAAGUAAUAAUUGAGGUAGUACAAAUAAUGCUCAUAUGUGUUCUUUGUAGUUACUUCUUUUAUAAAAGAUGAGAAGUAUCUGUGGCAAAGAGAGGUUAGGUACUGUGCCCAGAGUCACAAUGUGGAAAGGCAGGAUCCAGACCCAAGUCAGUCUGGCUCUCCAACUCAAGCUGUGAUCAGUACAUUGUAUUUUUUCUCUAAUCUUUUUAAAAGAGCAACCAACAAGCCUUUGCUGAAUUUAUAACAGGGCCUUGAUAUACCCAGCUACAGAUGACCCUGGUAAUUUACAGAGUAAGCACAUACCCACAUAAAUAUAUGGGCACAUGGUCAGGGACAGCAGCUGAGGUACUCAUACUUUAAAUGCAUAGUUGGUGCUUGUUUCUGGCUCCCUGUCUGGGCCUCACACCUAAAAAUCCACUGAUGACCUGGCAUGAUGGAAUGAGACUGUUGGUGGUGAUGACAUCACAGCUAGGUUGAUUUAAAAAAAAAAAAAGACUCUGCCUGGAUAGGGAUCCUCUGCUGUAUCUCUUUCCAGAGAGUUAACAAGAGAUUAACAAGAUGAAUAGCAGCAAGGUGGGUGUCCCCAGGAGAGUGAGCAGAGCUUCAUUACCUUCACCAUCAUUUUCCCCUUCAUAGGAGAUGCAGUAACAAAUGGUACCAUGGGCCAAUGUUUGAGAAACAGAUAAACAAGGUUAAAUGCUCUUUUUCAUAGUGCUUCUCAGAGUCUUUCCAUAGGUAACUAUGACAUUCCAAGAGGUGACCUGUAGGAAGUUAUUGUUUUAAGACACUGUUUGUUUUUUUCCCCCAACACUGAGGAUUGAACCCAGGACCUUGCACAUGCUAGGGUGGAAGACCAUGACGAUCUCAUGCCAAUAUUUAUGCACUAUGACACUGUUCUGAAGGAAACUUACGGUGAAUACUUCCUUGCUGAACUGAUAGAGGCCCAAGAUGAAGAGAAUCAUGCCGUUGUGUGUGAGGUGGAAGGUGUAGCUGUCGGGUUCAUGAGUGUGUGCUCGAGAGUGAACUUGCCCCUGCUGCACCAGUGCUUCGACUUGGGGCCUUUCCACGGACUCUGUGUCCCUCAUCCUGAUGACAUCCUGGAAACACCACAAGAAAUAGAUGUUCAAGAAGAUCAAGAUGCUGAGCUCAUGAGUAACAGGCUAGGAGUCCAGAGAAUUUCUGGGGAGCCAGAGGAACCUCUAUAUACAGAGGCCAUGGAGAACAUCCAGGAAAAAGUCCUUGAAGAAGCUGCAUCUGGGGAACCUGUAUUAUCAAUCCAAAGUGGAAUUAGUGAAACUCAGGAGGUAGAAAAACUCAGCAGGAGUUCCAUUGUUGAUGAAGAGGAGCAAUAUAUCAGCAGUGAGAGCUCCACAUCCAUCCCACUGCAUGAGGAGCCCAGUUACUUCCGCCCUGUCUACAAGGGAGAGUCAGAUGCUUUUUGUAUUCAGCUAUUUUGUAUUGAUGAGAAAUAUGAAGCAAGGUCGUUGGAUUUUAUGAAUUUUGUUUUCAGUCUUUUUCCUGACAAGAACUUCUGCCUCAUUUCUCUGCCCCAUCUCACCCCUGAGUUUGUCCUCAUCCAGAACUUCGUGAAGAUCGUCCCCUACAACAACUGCACCCUUGAACAUGAUCUCUAUGUCUUCCAUCGGGCUGGAUUGCUGAAGUCCAUUAAGAUAAGAUUAGCCACUUUAAUGGACACUCCUGGCAUUGAAAAGCUUGUGAGAACCCUCAUGCUCAGUGAAAGCAUACUGACAGAUUUAAGCCAAUACAAUGAAGCUCGCAGAGACCCUGAUGGAACACCAAUGCAGGCAUUUGUUGCUGAAGUUGCUGAACAAAUAGUUGGUAUUGCAGUGAUCAGAAAUGAAAUGGAUGUAGAGUACAUACGGUCCCAUUACAAUAUUGAAGAUUUCAUCUACUUCAGCCACCAUCAGCGAGAAGAACAUGGUCACUUGUAUCACUUUGCACUGAACCCUAUUUUCCGGCACUACACCAAGUUUUUUCUGAAGGAGAUCCUUCGCUUAAGCUAUAAGUCCUGUCUCUACUACCCUAUUUACCCACAACCCAGGAAAGGCAAGUUCCAGAACCCCUACGCCCACUCCCUGACAUCUGCCCUUCAUUACUUGGUUCCCGUGCGACCACGACGACAGAUUGUCUAUCCUCUGGAAAAGCUUGGCAUAAACGCUCCAUCAAAGGCGGUCUCCAAGGAUCCGUUGAGUUAUGCCUUGAACCACACAAACAGAAAACUAACGUUGGAACCUAAAAUAACUGUCAAUGCCAGGAUUGUUGUGGUUGGUGCAUCCACUGUGGGAAUUUCCUUCCUAGAGACAUUGAUAUUUUGUUCUCACCUGAAGUUUAAUAAUCUCACCCUGAUUUCAACUCAUGGACUCCCAGGGAAAAAACUUCUGGGCAAUGAACAAAGAAAGUUUCUGGCAACCAACCACUGUUUUAAUGAUAAAGAUUAUGCAUUGAUGUCACUGUGCUCCUGGGUUAAUGUUGUGGUUGGUAGAAUGACUGGCAUAGACCGAGCAGCCAAGCACGUAAUAGUUUCCAAGGACCAAAUCGUGCUGUACGACCACCUCAUCCUCUGUACCGGGCAGCAGUACCAGGUCCCAUGCCCUACCGGGGCCGACCCUGGGCAACACCUGACAAACAGAGAGGUUCCAGACAGCAGUCAACUGCAAUACGCUGGGAAAGUUCCCAGCAACCAUUUCAUUCUCAACGAGGAGGAAGACUGCUUAAGUGCCCUGGUCUGGAUAAGGAAGCAAUACUUCCCCACCGAAGGGAAUGUCAUUGUCUAUGGGAAUACGAUUGAUGCUUACACCACUGUGGAAACGCUCUUACACAUCGGUGUGAAGGGCACCUGCAUCUACCUGGUGCAUCCCCCUCCUGAGUCUAUCAUCACCUGCAUCAACAACUACACAGUGGAAAGCGCAGUGGAGGAUGCACUCAAUACGGCCGGAGUGACCAUUUACCAGGAUGCGGUCUUAGCUCAGUGGAAUGACGGCCAGUACCCAGAUCCCAUUCACAGUGCCAGCUUCACCACACCCACCAAGCCCUUCAGACUUACGUGCUCUAUGUUCUUCAGCUUCUGUGAGAAGAAAGUGGAUUAUGAAACAUUUAAAGCACUCAAUGAUGCUUGUCUUGUCUAUGAUGGCCGACUUGUGAUUGAUACCAACUUCCACACAAAUGACGUAGCCAUCCGGGCUGCUGGCUCCCUCACCAAGUUCUCUAAUAGAUAUUACUCAAAUGAGUGGACUCACAGCAACUUCAGUUCCAAAGAAAUUGGCUUUCAGCUGGCAGCAGCUAUGCUCAAUCUCUUUGAUCCAACUCUUGAGCCUGUGACUGAGCCACCUGCUGAUCUUGACCGACUCAUCCCCAUGUAUAAGGGAGCCAAGAUCCAAGGAGGAAUUCUUCCUGGAUCUUACCAUUAUCUGCAUGUUUCCAAGCCUAAUAUUCCAACUCCCUUGGCGGUACAAAUGUCACAGACCAAUUUUGGGUCAGAAAUAAUAACAGGUAAUGUGAAAAAUGGGACAUACUUCCGAAUUCAUGUUAACAAGUAUAAGAUAGUGGAGACCAUCACGUGCCUUUCUAAGGAGCCUUUCCCUGCUUCCAACUACAUCCGCUUGCUUGGCCAGCAUGAGCAAGUCCUCAACAACCUCUGCGCUCGUUAUGACGACAAGCUGAUCACAGAUCUCUACAGCUACUUCACGGAGCCGUGGUGCAUGGCCCUCUUCCACGAUCGUUUUAUUGAUCUCAGGAAAGAGUUACGCCAAAUCUUAGCCUCCAAGGAGGAGGAAAACCUUCCUUCCAUAGAACAGUUAGCCCAUCAGAUAGAAGACGAGGAAAUAAACCUGAAGGAGAGCCCCAGGAAAUACCUCAAGAGAGUUUUCCAGGAAACCAUCUACAAAAACCUGGUGGAAAGGAGCAUCCUCGACUAUCUACACUAUAACCAUUACCACCUGCCCAUGUACGCGUGGCCCGGCAUCAUUUAAUUGUGGCCAGGGUCUCCAUCGUAUUAUAUCCAUUCAUUUAGUUAUCGCAAGUGCUCUGUAGAAAUAGAAAAGCUCCCAGAAGCUUGGCUUGACAGCUAAAGCGCCAUCCUGGUGUCCUGGAUUGUUUUCCGCCUCACUUAUGCCUGUAGUUUUAUUUUCUUCCAGGAGGUGGCGCACGGCCGUGCGUCUCUAUUCUGGGGCAGGGACGCUUUACCAAAAAAUACCAGACAUGUUCCUGUGAGAGUAAUCCAUUUUAGCAAUGAAAUGAGAUCAUACUGUGUAAAACUGGUUCUUACCUUG